CUUCAUAAGUUAAGCAUGAUUAGAAUGAACCGCUUAACUAACACGAACUACGUAAUUAUGGGGUUCAUCAUUCACAGACACUACUCAACAUCGAAGCAUUUCUAUAUAACUUUAUAAUAUUGAUCAGUCAGUGUUUGACAGAGGCACCUGUCCUCUCUCUCUCUCUGUUUGAUUACAUUUACGUUAGUUUCAUAUUUUUUUAUGAAUUUCUAGCCGCGAUGGAUUACCUGCUGCAGGUAAAAGUAGGAGCUUUGGUUGGGCUGCUGGUCCUAACUUUGAUUUUUGGUUUCAUCCCAGCGCGGAUGAGAUGGUUUCAAGCCUCUAGUGGAACAGAAUCCCACAAGGCCGUGCUGAGUUUUGUGGGCUGCUUUGCGGGUGGCGUCUUCCUGUCCGCCUGCUUGUUAGACAUCAUCCCAAACUACCUCUCCGAUAUACACGAAGAGCUAAAAAAACAAGGCCUUGAUGGUGGCUUCCCGCUAGCAGAGUUCAUCAUGGCGUGUGGCUUCUUCACAGUCUUGAUCUUAGAAAAAACAGUCCUGAGCUGCACAGAGGGCCACGGAGAUGAGGAGACGGCUCCUCUUUUAGCUCCCGCGGGUCAUGGACAUCAUUCGCUGAACAGUCUGGAGGGGAGCGGUCACCACACCCACAUGGAUCUUAACUCGCACUCGUCCUUUCGCUCCUUCGUGCUCUUUCUGUCUCUUUCUCUCCACUCUGUGUUUGAGGGUUUGGCCAUUGGCUUGCAGACCACAGAAACUAAGGUCCUGGAGAUCUGCAUCGCUAUCCUGGUCCAUAAGAGCAUCAUUGUGUUCAGUCUGUCAGUGAAGCUGGUUCAGAGCGAGGUCAGGCCCAUGUGGGUGGCCAUCUACGUGGCCUUCUUCGCUGUGAUGUCUCCUCUCGGCAUUGGCAUCGGCAUCACAGUGAUCGAGUCGAAGCUAAAGGCUGGCACUUUCAUCCAGGCGGUGCUGGAGGGGCUGGCGGCCGGGACGUUUGUCUACAUCACCUUCCUAGAGAUCCUUCCCCAUGAGCUGAACUCCCCUGAGCGACCUCUACUCAAAGUUUUCUUCCUCCUGUUCGGUUUUUCAGUAAUGGUUGGUCUGAGUUUCCUGGGCUGAAAAAAAAAGUUGUUUUUUCUUGUGUUAUGUCCAGAAAACUGCUGCCUUGAGGAAAUCACGCUCUGUGAGACUUCACAAACUGCACGUGAUUUCAAGCAGACGAAAAGCUUGUGUUUUUAGAGGAACUGUGUUUUAUACAAGCACCAAGAAGCUUAUUUUUUUAAAAGCUCACGCGAUCAUUAAGCAAUUUUAAAUGACAUUCAUAAAAGGAAAAAACUUCAGCUUUGAGGAACAUAACAUCUGACACGCAAGUGGAAACUUAAACAAAUAUUUUUUACUUGAACUAGUUUUAGCUUUUUUUAAACUAGACACAUCAGCAUAAUGGUUUGCAUGCCACUUCAGUGUUUCCUCUUUGACUUGCAUAACACUAUCCAUGAUUAAUUUUUAUACAUUAUGAACAUUGCAAUAUUUCUUCAUGUUACAUACAGUCAUUUAGUAUUGGUUGUUCCCCUUUACAUGCCAUAUUUCCUUUUAGUUUAGGAAAAUUCAAUGGGCAGCCAAAUGUUUGUACUGAACAGUGUGGACACAUGGUUAUAUGUGACCCUGGAGCACAAAACCGGUCUUAAGUCGCUGGGGUAUAUUUUUAGCAAUAGCCAAAAAAAAAACAUUGUUAUGGGUGAAAAUUAUCGAUUUUUCUUUUAUGCCAAAAAUCAUUGGGAUAUUAAGGAAAGAUCACGUUCCAUGAAGAUAUUUUGUACAUUUCCUACUGUAAAUAUAUCAAAACUUUAUUUUGAUUAGUAAUCUGCAUGGCUAAGAAUUCAUUUAGACAACUUUAAUUUAAUUGUAUCUGGAAUUUGCGUGAACCAUACAUCAAUGGAAAGAUUAUUUAUUCAGCUUUCAGAUGAUGUAUAAAUCUCAAUUUCGAAAAACUGACCCUUAAGACUGGUUUUGUGGUCCAGGGUCACAUAUAAAACAUUUGAUGAGAUUUUGCAGUAAAAUGAGAAAAAAAAGGGUAACAUGCAUUGUGUUUAUGUUCCCUAUGUAUAUGUUCCAAAAUCAUAUUCAUAUAUGGUUAUGCAACAUAUUAAAGCAAUAUAAAUAUAUUUGCAUUUUUGAAACUAGUGAAAACGGCAUGCAGAAUUAGUGUUUCUGUGCUUAUAUUUGAUAGAAAACUAACAAAUGGCAUGUUACUGUUUCAAGAGCUUAAAGGCCUUCACUAAACACUAGCACUAAAUCCUCUAGAAGUUAAUGUUGAAGUAUAUUAAGUGAAAUUACUGGCUUUCAUUUAGUUUGCUUUCUGUUUUAACAUGCUCUGUCUGGGGUAGUAAAAAAAAAAUGAAACAGGGUUUAAACUUGCAAUACCACAUUUAGCUUCUUGAUGUCAGAUUUCUUCACAGAAUGUAGGUAAAGUAUUGACUGUUUGAAAUUGCAUACUACUAUUACUGUUUUUGCAGUAUAUAGUAUCCUACAGUAUGUGAAUUUUUGCAUAGAAUACCUAGAUGAGUUGCUAAUUUUGUCAAACUGUGCAGCAUACAAUCAGAGCACACUGCUUGAGAAACUUUAUCCCACAAUGCAUUGUGCUCAGUCCUCUUUUUCCAGUGUUAUGCACUAAUAAUAUUACUAUCUCUCUAGGCUCACUAUUUAAUCAAACUGCCCAAAAUUAAAGCAUUUAUACACAAAACUGGAAUACAAAUGCAAUUUUUAUAUUAUCUUUAUUUUGUAUCAUGUUUUAUUUACAUAUAUGGUCUAUUAUUAUCUGGAUAUUAUCUGGAAACAGGACUAGUAGUAUGCAAUUUAAAACAGUCUAUAUUUAAUUUUCUCAUGAGGGUUGCUGCUUUUCUUUAGUUGUCUGGUAGAUUAUCUCUCAAAAUUCAUAAAACAGGGAAGCAGCAUUAUUAUUGUUAAAAAUAAAACUAAAACCAUUAUAAACAUUUGACAGUUGAUAUAAAUGUUAACUAACUGAAAAUGUUAACUUGUAAUAAUAAUUAUAAUUAUUAUUAAAUAAUUAUUAAAAUAAUUAUAAUAAUAAUUGAUUUUAGCUGGAUAAGGCAUCAGUAAUCAUUUCCUUUUAGUUUAAACUUGAAUUACCGUACUAAAAUAACUAAAACUGAAAAAUGUAUCAUUACUAAAUUAUUAAUAAUUAUUAAAACUUUAAACUUAACUCAUUUUAACAAAAAAUUUAAAUGGAGAACAUGAAUACAAAGUUAUAAUAUAUCCAUGAUACUAACAUAACUCUGAGUGGCUGAAAAACUGCAUUUAUUGUUAAAAAAAAAAGUUUAUAAAUUGUGAAUGGAAGAA